AUUGUGCGGAGAAAGAAAUGGCUAAAAAGUGCCCGGUACGUUCGCUGAGCGACAGUGCUCUGGGAGAGUUAGCAAAUCUUAUUGUGUCGACACUGGGCUAUGCAAAAUAUGGCCCUGAUGUCGAUAUGGACAUCAACAUAGUAAUGGUGGACAUUAACGAAUAUCUGGAGUUAGCCGGUGCUACUUCCAACAUUUAUCAGGACUUGUUGCGUGUGAUACUGAGUUCCAAUUACUUGGAUGCGAAUAUGCGGUUCACUUGUUUGCAGAUGCUGCUUAAUUGUGGUGUUUCGUUUCUAGUAACGGAGGUCUUUCCAUUCUCAUACAACGAAAAGAUAUUACAAGUAAUUGCGGCUCAAGGCACAGGAUUGCGUGUGCUUAACCUCAAAGGGGUCUGGGUCAAGGAAGAGCAUAUGUUCUAUAUGUUUGAGAUAGUAAAGAAAUGUAAAUACCUCACCAAGCUGUAUGUGCCAUUUAUAGCGAAUGACGAUUUAUUGGAAGUGAUUGCCAAGCAUUGUCAUUACCUACAAGUAUUGGAUAUAUCGGGCGAGACCGAUAUUACCGAAAUCGGCAUCGAAAGCCUAAGUAAAGGUGUAUGUGCGGACCGUUUGACCAUAAUCGAUGUUGGAAUGAUGGGAGAGGAAAAUAUUUGCUAUUCAGACAUAGCGCUGAUUUUGGAGCAUUGUCCGAAUGUGGAGACACUUUCAACCUAUUCGUUUGUUGGGCCGGCGUUAAAGUUUGUGUACGACAACGUCGAUGCGAACUUCAAAUGCAAACUGAAAUAUCUCCACGACACUUCAACGGAUGAGGAGACAUUACGCAUUAUCGUUAAAACGUGCCCACAAUUACAAUCGCUAUAUUUGGAUACACCCAAAGCGGGUUGUUUAAUUGCACUCUCCAAUACAUUUUUACGCAAGCUAAAAAUCUACAAAUUCUCAUGUUCGGAGUUAUUAAACCUACUAGAGAAAACGGGUCGUUAUUUGGACCAUCUAACAAUGAUCAAGGGUAAUGGUGAAAUAGAAUUGGGAAUUUUGGCAAAUAUGUGUCCAGGACUCAUUGACUUAGACUGCUAUAUGAUGGAAGGUCUGUCCUACUUUAGUCCAAAUCAACAUCGUUUUACCCGUCUGGAGGGGCUCGAGAUGCUAAGUAGUCCGAUUGCAAAUACGGCACUAAAAUCCCUUAUUUGCAAUACCAACCAAUUAAAGAGGCUGGCAGUUGACAGUGUGUCAUUGACCGAUGAUGACAUUGUAAGCAUAUUUAUACAGCAUCAUUUCUAUGCACUCGAGGAUGUCUGGUUUACCUUGGCGCCGAAUUUAACCAUCCAGUCAAUACAGGUUUUAAUGAAUGAAUGCCCCGAACUACAGUCAGUUGGACAAUUAAGUGGGUGGGCUCUUUCUCCAGAUGAUUUGGCGCUUCUUCGAGGACUUCUAAAAAGCGGAAACUCUAGCCUUGUUCUUACACCGAACGGAUUUUUCCCAUAAU